AUCUCCAUGAAAGCAAAGAAUUUCAGAGAGAUAGAGAUGGCGACAACGGUGGAAGCAACGAAGAAGGAGACAUCGACUAAUGGAGAUGAACAGCAACAACAGUCUCAGGCUCUCAGACACCAAGAAGUCGGACACAAGUCUCUCUUACAGAGCGAUGAUCUGUAUCAGUACAUAUUGGAGACAAGUGUUUAUCCGAGGGAGCCAGAAUCGAUGAAGGAACUCAGGGAAGUGACAGCGAAACACCCAUGGAACAUAAUGACAACAUCUGCGGAUGAAGGGCAGUUUCUGAACAUGUUGAUAAAGCUCGUCAACGCGAAGAACACGAUGGAGAUCGGUGUUUACACCGGCUACUCUCUCCUCGCCACCGCUCUUGCCCUCCCCGAUGACGGCAAAAUCUUGGCGAUGGAUAUCAACAGAGAGAACUACGAGCUGGGUUUGCCGAUAAUUCAGAAAGCCGGAGUUGCCCACAAGAUCGAUUUCAGAGAAGGACCUGCCCUUCCUGUUCUUGAUCAACUCGUUGCUGACGAGAAGAAUCGUGGAAGCUUUGACUUUAUCUUCGUUGACGCGGACAAGGACAACUACCUGAACUACCACAAGCGGCUGAUCGAUCUCGUGAAGGUAGGGGGAGUGAUCGGCUACGACAACACACUCUGGAACGGCUCUGUCGUGGCACCACCUGAUGCGCCGAUGAGGAAAUACGUCCGUUACUACCGGGACUUCGUCAUCGAGCUCAACAAAGCACUCGCUGCUGACCCUCGGAUCGAGAUCUGCAUGCUCCCUGUUGGUGAUGGUAUCACUAUCUGCCGUCGGAUCAACUGACCGAGAUUUGACUCUUUGUGGGCGCAUCGCACAUGAUUAUUACCCCCAUCCUUAUCGGAACGUAAUCUGUACUCCACUAUUGGAAAAAGAUUUAUAUAUAUAUAUAUUCAUGUUUUUUUCUUA